AUGACAAGUAUCCUGCCUCCACCCAAGCCACUCGAUGUUACCGGCGAUCUUUCGAAAGCUUGGAAGUUGUGGAAAGGCGAUUUUAGACUCUUCUCUACAGCGACAAAUCUAAAGGCGCAGCCAAAGGAAGUUCAGGCCGCGACCUUCUUGGUUACACUGGGUGAAGAAGGAAGGAAGAUAUGCAAUACGCUACAGUUUGAAACCGAAGCGGACCGUGACGAUGUCGACAAGCUUAUCGAAAAACUGGAAGAGCACUGCAAACCGACGCUCAAUUUAACGUACCAGGAAUUUCUGUUCGGAUCGCGAAACCAGAAAGAAGGGGAGCGAUUUGACGAGUGGCUGACAGAGCUUCGGAUACUCGCUGCUAGCUGCGAGUUCGAGACCUUGGAAAAACGCAUGCUGCGAAGCCGCAUAAUCCUUGGAGUUCGCGACAAGAAACUUCAGCAAAGGCUGAUCUCGGAAAAUCCGUCAUGCAAAGAAUGCAAGAGUUGCGGUAAACUUAACCACUUCGUCAGUGUGUGCAGAAGCAAAGGACAACGAAAGAAAUAUAGAGGGAAGCCGAAGGCAAAACAAGUCCUUGAAGUGGAACGUGAAGAAGACACUUACUUCUUCCAAAUGCUGUCCGUAAAUAACGUCGCAUCGAGCGAUCUCUGGUCUGCUGAGGUUACGAUCGAGGACGUAAAGCUAAACCGCAGAGUAGACACUGGUGCCAACUGUUCCGUCAUAUCAGCUGGACAGUUGAGUAAAGUCACUGACAAGAAGACUUCAAAAUGCAACGUUACCUUGAACACCUUCUUUGGCUUCAAGCAAAAGGCCGCAAGCAGGGUUCCUCUGCAAGCAUCAUGUAACGGCCAAAGCAGAAAGGUGCUGUUCUUCGUCGUACCACAAGAGGUACUGCUUACCCUGAGUGGGAAAGCGUCGGAAGAACUAGGUCUGGUCCAGCGCACACUGCAUUCGGCAGUUGCUACAAAAGCAAGCGACGAACAUCACUUAUACGGACCAGCACAACCUUAUCGCGACGUCUUUGAAGGCCUUGGAAAGCUAAAAAGGGUACAGUACCACGUGAAGUUAACACCCCAUGCAAAAGGAGCUGCAAAACCAGCAUGGCGGAUUGCCGUUGCACUGAAAGACAAAGUCAAGCGCGAACUCGACCACAUGGAAGCCGACGAAGUAAUCGCCAAGGUGACGGAACCUGCCGAGUGGGCGAGCAACACGGUGGUCGUGGUCAAGAAAGAUAAGGUCAGGAUCUGUCUUGAUCCCGCAGAUCUCAACAAGACGCUCCUUCGGGAACACUACCCCAUGGCCACACUCGGAAGAUAUCGCGCCGCGUCUGGUAAAGGCAAACUCGACAAGGACUCCUCAUACAUCUGUACUAUGAGCACACCGUUUGGGCGAUACCGUUUCCUAAGGAUGCCGUUUGGGAUUUCAACAGCUCCUGAAGUCUUCCAGCGAGCUAUGCACAGGGUCCUACAGGAUCUCGACGGUGUCGAUGUCGUAAUGGACGAUAUCCUUGUCUGGGGAGGGACCAAGGCUGAGCAUGAUCAACGCCUUAUGAGGCUGCUGGAGCGAUGCAGGGAUCAAGUACGGUACUUGGGACAAAUGAUCACGUCAGAAGGACUUCCUGUGGAUCCAAGGCGAGUCGAGGAUAUUCUCGCCGUUACUGAGCCAACAAAUGUCAAGGAACUUCGUACCUUCCUGGGCAUGAUCAACUUCGUGUCAAGAUUCAUCCCCAAUGCAUCACAGGUGUCGGCACCGCUACGUGAACUGCUCAAAACAGAUACAAUUUGGGAAUGGUCAACCGCUACCAUGGCUACCAUCCAGUACGACAAGUCUGCAGCUUCACUCUGGUUUUGUGCACAUUUGGACGUGUUGAAUGCCGCAGCAUGG